AUGGGAACCCUAUCCAGCUUCAGCCCCAGCUUAGCCGCUCCAAAUUGGUGCGGUUUUGGUGUAAAAUUUCAGAAUAGCCACAGCAGCAAGUUUUUCCUGUGCGGAGAAACUUUGUUGAGGAGGAGACGGCGGUUGGUCUCGGAAGGCGGCUCAGGGAGGUUUAAUCUUACAAUCAAGUCGUGCUACAAUGGCGGAAACAAUCGGAACGAUGAUAGAAGUAGUAACGGUGCUGAGCGAGAUAGUACAGAGAACUCAAAUUUAGCUACAAUGGCGACGGCAGAGAAAAAUUCCAAUGAUAAUGGCGAUGAACCGUCGGUUUCUGUGUCUUCCCGUCCGCAAACAAUUUCAUCAGUUGGACCUGCUUACAGUAAUUUCCAAUUAGACUCUUUUAAAUUGAUGGAGCUUCUGGGCCCGGAAAGAGUCAAUCCAGCUGACAUAAAGGUUAUCAAGGAAAAGUUAUUUGGCUACUCGACCUUUUGGGUAACUCGAGAAGAACCGUUUGGUGAUUUAGACGAAGGCAUUCUUUUUCUCGGCAACCUUCGGGGAAAGAGGGAAGAUGUUUUCAUGAAACUUCAGAGCCAACUAACAGAAGUAAUGGGCGGCAAAUACAACCUAUUUAUGGUGGAGGAGCCUAAUUCCGAAGGGGAAGACCCCCGGGGUGGGCCCCGGGUCAGCUUUGGCUUGCUGCGGAAAGAGGUUUUAGAAUCAGGUGAAACAACACUUUGGCAGUAUGCGAUUGCCUUUCUGUUGUUCCUUCUCACCGUUGGCUCAUCAGUGGAGCUCGGAAUAGCAUCUCAGAUUAAUAGACUUCCUCCGGAGGUGGUCAAAUAUUUUACAGAUCCUAACGCUAUUGAACCCCCGGACAUGAAGCUCCUGUUUCCAUUUGUGGAUGCUGCUUUGCCUCUGGCUUAUGCCGUAUUGGGUGUUCAACUAUUUCAUGAAGUUGGGCAUGUUUUGGCUGCUUUUCCACGGAAAGUGAAACUAGGUAUUCCAUUUUUCGUUCCAAACAUUACCCUGGGGAGUUUUGGAGCAAUCACUCAGUUCAAAUCCAUCCUUUCUGAUCGGAAAGCCCUAGUAGAUAUUUCGUUAGCCGGACCAUUUGCAGGCGCUGCACUGUCUUUCUCUAUGUUCACUGUUGGCCUGCUGCUCUCAUCAAACCCAUCUGUGGCAGGAGAACUGAUUCAGGUCCCAAGCAUGCUUUUUCAAGGUUCUUUGCUUCUAGGUCUUAUCAGCAGAGCUUUUUUGGGUUAUGCGACUUUGCAUGCAUCUACUGUUUCAAUCCAUCCUCUGGUGAUUGCUGGCUGGUGUGGAUUGACAUCCUCGGCUUUUAAUUUACUACCGGUGGGAUGUCUCGAUGGUGGAAGGGCCAUGCAGCAUUCUGGUCCCGCCUUAACCUUUUCCUUUCUGAUAGCUGGAAUAGCAGCUGCUCUUUCUGCCUUCUGCUAUGCCGAGCUAGCCAGUCGUUGCCCUUCAGCUGGAAGUGCCUAUCAUUAUUCUUACAUAUGUGUUGGCGAGGGAGUUGCGUGGUUGAUUGGGUGGGCUUUGAUCUUGGAAUAUACUAUAGGAGGUUCAGCUGUUGCUCGUGGCAUGUCCCCUAAUCUGGCUUUGCUAUUUGGAGGCCCAAGUAGUCUCCCUUCGUUUCUAGCUCGGCAGACUAUCCCUGGGAUUGGGGUUGUAGUUGACCCGUGUGCAGCUGUCUUAAGCACAUCUGUUCAAGGAAUUGUCACAGGUGCAAAUAUUUGCGCCAUGACUUCCGUUAUCAUAGCUGGUGGAUAUUUAGGCUUCAAGUCUGGGUGGCCUGGUUAUGAACUCUCCACAGGAUAUUUGCCAUUCGGGGCCAACGGGAUGCUUGCUGGUGCUUCAACUGUAUUCUUCGCAUAUAUAGGGUUCGAUUGUGUCGCUAGUACAGCUGAAGAGGUGAAAAACCCUCAACGAGAUCUGCCUAUGGGUAUUGGUUUUGCUAUUUCUAUAUGUUGCACCCUUUACAUGCUCGUUUCUGCAGUAAUUGUUGGUUUAGUGCCUUAUUAUGCAAUGGACCCGGACACCCCCAUCUCGUCUGCCUUUUCGAGUCAUGGAAUUCAUUGGGCAUCCUAUAUAAUAACUAUUGGAGCGUGUUUCGCUCUUUGUUCAACGUUGCUGGGUUCAAUGCUUCCACAGCCACGUAUACUUAUGGCUAUGGCUAGAGAUGGACUGCUUCCAUCAUUUUUUUCAGACGUGAAUAAAAAAACUCAAGUCCCUAUGAAGAGCACUAUAGUGACUGGUGUACUCGCAUCAAUCUUGACAUUCUUUAUGGACGUCGAGCAAUUAUCGGGAAUGGUUAGUGUUGGCACACUUCUGGCAUUCACAAUGGUGGCAAUCUCGGUUCUUAUAUUGAGAUACGUUCCACCUGACGAGGUUCCACUUUCGCCAUCCUUUCGGGAAGCUAUAGAUUUGGUCUCCAUGCGCUAUAGUAUGAGCAAUAGUCCCGGAGAUGCUGAUGUGGCGCCCGUUCCAGUUUUAGCCAGCAAAAAGACGAGGAUUGAGGAUACACUUAUCGAGAAAGCAACUGGGCAGUUAAACAGCCAAAUGAACGAGUACAAGCGAAGGAAGAUUGCUGGCUGGUCGAUCAUGAUCACGUGCAUCGGCAUUCUUAUCUUUACUUUGUCCGCCUCAAGUUUGGGACUUCGUAGCCCGUUUCGGUUUACGUUUUGUGGAAUUGGUGGCGUUCUCCUUGUGUCUGGAUUGGUUUCGCUCACGUGGGUAGACCAAGAUGACGCAAGGCACAAUUUCGGGCACACUGGAGGCUUCAUUUGCCCGUUCGUUCCCGUGUUACCUAUUGCCUGCAUUUUGAUCAACGUAUAUUUGUUAAUAAACCUCGGAGGUGCCACGUGGGCACGCGUGUCUGCCUGGCUGGCCGUUGGGGCACUCGUUUACAUUUUUUACGGCCGUAAAAAAAGCGCGUUGCAGGAUGUUGUUUACGUCCCUGCAGCUCAUCUGGAUGAGAUAUACGAGAGCCACAACACUUUUACGUGA